CAUUCCCGCUGCCACGCACUUGCUGCCGUGGAAGAAGAAAUGAGGAGAGGAGAAUAACAAUCUACCAUCCCCGGAUAAAGCGGGUGGGGAGCUGUGCGGAGUUAGGAUGGCCGAAUGCCGGCAUUUAGAGGGAGACUGAGAGCUAGGAGAGACUGAGGAGACAAAGACAGUGCAUUCCUGCCCGCUGAGGGGAGGGGGGGCCGUGGGAGUGUGGUCGCCCCAAGGCAAGAGAAAGAUUUCUGUUGACAGGAACAGAGGGAGAGGCACGAGGAAAGGAUGCAUCUGUUCUUCCAAGACAAGUGGGAGGUGGAGGGGCUGCAGACUGUGGGGAUCCUCCUGGUGGUCUGCAGCUCCCUCAAACUGAUGCACUUUCUGGGGCUUAUCGACCUCUCUGUGGCAGACAGCGUGGAAGAUGAUUUUGAGUUAUCCACCGUGUGCCAUCGGCCUGAAAGCAUGGAUAAGCUGCAGGAGCAGACUAAGUUCACCAAGAAGGAGCUGCAGGUCCUCUACAGAGGCUUCAAAAAUGAGUGUCCAAGUGGAGUGGUAAACGAGGAGAACUUUCAAAACAUCUACUCCCAGUUCUUCCCUCAGGGAGAUUCAAGUAUGUACGCACAUUUCCUUUUUGAAGCCUUCGACACAAACAAGAAUGGCUCGGUUAGUUUUGAGGACUUUGUAUUUGGCUUGUCUAUCAUCCUGAGAGGGACCAUUAAUGACCGGCUAAACUGGGCGUUCAACCUGUACGACCUGAACAAGGACGGCUGCAUCACCAAAGAGGAGAUGUUGGACAUCAUGAGGUCUAUCUAUGACAUGAUGGGAAAGUACACAUACCCCACUAUGCAGGACGAUGCUCCAAGAGAACACGUGGAGAGCUUCUUCCAGAAAAUGGACCAGAAUAAAGAUGGGGUGGUCACCAUCGAAGAGUUCAUUGAGUCCUGUAAAAAGGAUGAGAGCAUCAUGCAGUCGAUGCAGCUGUUUGACAACGUCAUCUAAGAAUCUGGACCAGCAAGGAUACUGGCUCCAGGGAGGGACGGGUGUGUGACAGAGUUGAAGCGUUGGAGAGAACGUAUGAAUCUGUGUGUAUGUCUGUGUUUGAGGCUGAAUGAGUUGCCAGCUCGUGCUUGUGUCGCCGUUGAGAGGUGUGAGUCGUGAGGGCACAGAGAGGCCCUCUCCCUUCCCCUGGACCACCUGUGGCAUUUCUCCAAGCAACAAAGGAGUUUCCACAUCUCCCGUCCUCAUCAUUGCAGAACCUUAGUUUUAUCCUUGAGGCAGAGAGAAAGCCUGCAGUGGGUUUACAGCUGCUGGCAUAUUUAUUACACCACCCCCACCUGUUUUAUCUGAACUUUUAUUUAUUGCUGUUACUGAUGGAAGAACUAUCACCGUUUUUUUUAGUCUUGAAUGCGGACGGAAGAAUUUGCCCUUAAACCCUGAUCUAAGAUCAAAUUCUCUCUUUUCCCUGAUUGGAUUUGUGAUUCUUAUCCUGCCUCUGCACGUGUGGCAACACCUCCCUGGAGCCGGCCACAAAGAUGGAACAGCGUCUAUCGCCACCUGGUGGACAAGAGAGGAAAAAUACACUUCCUGAGGGGAAGAUGCAAGAGAGAGUGAAGCUGAGGGGGGAGAUCAACAAAUUGGAGAUCCAAGCGAUCCUUUUUCCAUUGUUGGAGGUUCAAAAGCAUUGUUUUCCAUGAGAAACUGAUUUCAGUAUCGCAUGAUGAUGUCACUAAUAUCUAAUUAUGUAUUUAAAGAGAUACUCCAAAGUCUGCUCGUCUGUCGCUGUUCCUAGUCAUUCACAGGUGCCUCACCCUUUGUGUAUGUGUGUGUGUGCAUGUGCAACAGAAAGAGAUACCGUCUAUCUUACCUUACUAAGAUCUAGUGCAGGGGUCGGCAACCUGCGGCUCUUUAGCGCCGCCCUAGUGGCUCCCUGGAGCUUUUAAAAAAAAAUGUUUUUCCUUUUUUUUCUCUUUUUUUCUUUUUUCUUCUUUUUUUCCUUUUUUUCUUCUUUUUUUCCUUUUUUCUUCUU